AUGGAAGAGGUUACAGAUAUAGUGAACAACAUGGCGGUCGCUUCCCAGAAGAAGAACAGGAUUCGAGUUUCCAACACCAAGAAACCAUUGUUCUUCUUUGUCAAUCUCGCCAAGAGGUAUAUGCAGCAGUACAAUGAUGUGGAAUUGUCUGCCCUUGGGAUGGCCAUUGCAAACGUUGUUACAGUCGCUGAAAUACUCAAGAACAAUGGUUUUGCUGUUGAGAAGAAGAUCAUGACGUCAACGGUGAGUAUUAAGGAUGACUCAAGGGGACGCUCUGUGCCGAAAGCUAAGAUGGAAAUUACGCUUGGGAAGUCAGAGAAGUUUGAUGAACUAAUGGUUGCAGUUGAUGAAGAAACAGAAGCAGCAGAGGCUCAGGUGCAGAGCUGA